AUGCCGCUCCAUCCUAACUGGUCUGUUCGCUUUACUGAACCAAUUACCCAACUACCACCUCUUUUCCCACGAAACAUUCCUCCGGCUCCACGGCGUACCAUGGCUCAAGAUAUGGAUCUUGAGGAACUCUAUACCGAGUCUAGCGAAAAUGCUGGUCCCUCUACCGAACCAGCCAUAUCUGCAGCAGAAACAGUCUCUGCUGACGCUUCGGCUUCUCAGAAUAACACGACAUCACGUCGUCUCCGCCCCAGAAGGGCCAAACCAACUAAAGCUCCGGAAUCCAACAGAGCUGCACCUUCACAAUCAGCCAGGCCUAAUCGUUCUACCACAAGGAGUAAAACAUUAAAAAAUUCUAGCCGCGCAGCAUCAAAGAAGAAGGCUAUUCGAAGAGAAACUGCAUUAGAAGCUACUCAAGCCGAACAAGAGAUCAUUACCGUUACCUCAACUACAACAGCUAGCUCUACCUCUCAAGCAGAGAGCACCAACAUUUAA